ACUGAAGGCAGUAUGAGGAAGUUAAUCAUCACAGGAAGUAGAUGCUGUGUUCAUUUUAAGAAGCAGCAGGUUAGAGACUUUGACAGUUGAGAGCGUGAGACCAAGAGAGAAACAUGAUGGCUGAAUUCAGAUGGAUUAUAAUGUCUUUAUUUCUGAUGCUGCUGUUUAAGUUUACAGCAGCAGCAACUGAGAAAUAUUCCUUAGUUGGAGAUGAAGUCACUUUGUCUUGUGAAAAUGUGACACAUGAUCAGGAUAACUGUGACAGUGCUACAUGGUUAUUUAGUGAUCGAAGAAACACAGUGACUCUGUUUGAACAUGGGAAGAUUCACAGAGAAGCUGAAGCUAAAUCAGACAGACUGAGUGUUACAGCAAAAUGUUCUCUGGUUAUAAAGAAGGUCACACGUGAGGAUGUUGGACGUUACAGCUGCAGACAGUUCAGAUCAGGACGACAAGUUUCAGACUCUCAGGUUGAUGUGUCUGUUGUUACCAUGACUGAACAUAAGGACACUGAUCGGGUCAUCUUGUUCUGCUCUGUGUGGACAUAUGAACAGUGUCCACACACAGUGAAGUGGUUGUAUGAGGGUAAUCAGAAUGACUUGGAGACAUCACAGAGUACAUGUUCAGCCUCUGUGACAUUUACAACAUCUGACUAUAAUCAGAAGUUGAAGUAUUCUGAGUUAUUGAAAUGUGAAGUGACAGAUGGUCACACUAAAGAAGUUCAUCAGUUCACCUUCAGCCCUCCUCAGUCCUCAGGUGAGAAACCAGGUCAUGAUGCAGCAACAGCUGCUUCAACAACAACAAGAACCACAACAACAACAGAUUCACCAUCAACAACAGGAAGUAACUGGACAUCAAUGAAAAGGAGCACAUCAGAAGCAACAAACAACAGAGCAUGUGAAAAUAACAAUAAUCAAACAACACAGGGCCCAUGGUGGUUUAUGUCUGUGGGUUUAGCAGCGCUCAUAAUAAGUGUUGUCACAGUCAACAUAUGGACAAGAACUAAAGGGAACAAAACACAGAUGGAUGAAAACAUGAACCUGUUGUGUUCAACAGGGACCAACGACGAAGUCCUCAGACUUAUCGACCUGCGGGUCGCCAAUGACAACCUCUUCACGGGGAAGAGGUAUACCUCCAAGAAGGCCUGGAUAGAAAUCACACAGCUGCUGGACAUGGGGGACAGGGUGACCCCCAUUCAAGUGUCCAAAAAGUGGGACAAUCUAAAAAUCCAGUACAAGGCACGGGGACAGACGGGAGGGGAGGAGACAGCAGCCACAUGGCCAUUCUAUGCCCAGAUGCACGAGGCCAUCGGGGCACGGCCCUCCAUCGAGCAGCAUGUCCUGAUGGACUCGUGCAACCCGGUAGAUGAGCCUGUGGCCCAAGAAGAAGCGGAACUCCAAGGCAGCAAUCCUGGCCUCCCUGGAGGAGGAGGCUGCCAAGGAGGCCGAGGCCAGACGAGAGGCGAGAGAGGCCAGGAAAAGGGCUCUUGA